AUGGUCAGGCAUGCAUGCCCUCUGCAGACCGUGCCGUGGGACCCCCCUGGAGGCCAGCAUGCGAGGGUCAGGGUCAGCCUCCUGUGUGUGGCCAAGGGCACAGGGUGGGGUGUGGCCGAAUCUGCUCUGACUGCGAAGGACAGGGCGGCCACCGUUAUCCAGUGUGCUUUCCGGGGGCUCCUGGCCAGGCGGGAGCUGGUGCGCCGGCAGCAGGAACAGCAGGAACACCUGGAGCAGAUGGAGAAGCUGCAGAGGGAGGCCUUCCUGGCCAUGGUGCGCCGGGAGCAGGAAGCUGCACGGCGGCGGCGAGAAGAGGAAGAGGCUGCGCAGCGGAGGCGCCGUGAGGACAUGCAGCGUCGCCACCGCCUGCUGGAGGCAGCCUUCGACGGCAACGUGGGCGAGAUCCGGGCGGUGCUGAAGGAGGUGGAGGACCUGCUGACCAGCGAGGGCGUGGGCCACGACGAGGCCGGCCAGGCGCGGCGGCUGCAGAGGUGCGUGGAAAUGGUGGAGUGUGAGGACAGCAACCACAACACGCCGCUGUCGGAGGCGGCUGCGGGCGGGCAGCCACAGGCCAUACAGCUGCUGGCGGAGCGAGGUGCCAGCCCCAACAGCAAGGGCGCCUUUGGCCGGACCCCGCUGUACCGAGCUGCCUUCGGGGGCCACCUGGAGGCGGUGGAGGUGCUGCUGAAGCUCGGAGCCGACCCCCGGAUCUACGCUGACGAUGGGAACACCCCGGAGCAGGUGGCCUCUCUGGACGCGGUGGUCAGCGUGCUGCAGUCGUGGGACCCGAGCCUCACCGAAGCCAUGCUGCGGAACAUGGAGGCGGAGCGGCAGCGCCGCGCGCAGGAGGCGCAGCGGCACACGGAGGCGGAGGCUCAGCGGUGCGCGAGGGCGGGCCGGGGCGCCCUUAAUUUCAGGGUGCAGCAGCUGACCCAGGAGCAGCAGCAGCGCCACAAGGAGCUGCAGCAGGCCUACUGUGAGCUCAACCGGCGGAUCAUGGAGCACGACAAGUGUGAGCGGAGGCAGAUGGGCAGAGCCGAGCUCACGCUGCAGGCCGUCAAAGACGCAGAGGCCCAAGUGGACAGACUGCGGCGGGAGGCCCAGAAGGCCGAGGAGACGCUGGCUAUGGCCAGGCUGGCACUGCGGGAGCAGACCCGAGAGGAGGAAGAGGUUCCUGGGCUGAAGUGCCAGGUGGCUGAGUUGCACGAUGUGCUGAUAAAAGAUGUGGGCGACCGCAUCCGCAACGACGGCCGGUGGCCUCUUGUCAUCGAUCCUUCAGGCCAGGCGGCCACUUUCCUGCGCUACCAGGACACUAACUACUUGGACACGAUGAACCCAGAGCACCUGCGUCCGGAGAGGAUGCGGCUGGCUCUGCUAGGGGCACUCAGGUACGGGAAGCCGCUGGUGUUCGAUCUAGGCGCGGUGGACAUGUUCCCGGUGGUAGAGCGGCAGCUGGAGGAAGUGCAAGAGCGGUACCUGUCGCUGCUGCGCCCUGCCGAUGGGCCCGAGUACGGCCCCACCCAGUUCCAGGCGGCGCGCCUGGCUCACUUCCACCUCUUCUUUGUCACCAAGGCGCAGUGGCCGCCGGUGGAACAGCUCCAGGCGCUGCUCCCGGUGCGCGUGCUGCUGCCUACCACGAGCCUCCAGCACCCGCCCCAGUAAAGCGCCUGGCUCCACGUUGCUGCGCCACUCUGCAUGUGCCGGGGACCGCGCAUGUCCGUGAUUGCGGGCGGGCAGAGGGCGCCUGCCCGGUUCAGCCAGGCUGGACUAAGGCUGAACACUGGUUUGCAGGGCACUUGGGGAGUUAUGUCUGCAGAGUCC